UUUUUUCCUCAGCAAAAAUAAAAACUAACCUCAAUUCGAGCACAUUCCAUGGUCAGGAAGUAAAGAUAACGAAGUUCAAUUGUUGAUAUCUAAAUCUAUUUUCAUAUUAUACGAAUAUUAUAAGUGAUCAAUAUGGCUUCUUCUAUUCGAUUAUUAUCUGUGCUUGGCAAAGAUUUUAAGAAUUGCUGUUCCGUUUGUAAAGUUGUUCUGCCUAGAAGAACCUACGGAAGUCUUUCAGCACAAACCCGGCAUCGUCUCUGUUAUAAAUCAGGUGCAUUCACCAAACCUCGGUUCUUGUGUUCAGCAGCAGAACAAGCUAAACCAGUCGAACAAGAUGAACCACCAGUCAGGAAAACCACAGAAAAAAUUCAAGGACAAGCGGAAAGCCACGAAUUCCAAGCGGAAACUAGAAAACUGCUUGACAUUGUUGCCAAAUCUCUCUAUUCGGACAAGGAGGUGUUUAUUCGUGAGUUGAUCUCGAACGCAAGCGACGCCCUGGAAAAGCAGCGCUAUCUGUCGCUGACUGAAAGCGGAGGAAGUCCCGCAACUCAGAUGGAGAUUCGGAUAUCGACUGACAAGCAGAGUAUGACACUCACUAUACAGGACUCAGGCAUAGGUAUGACUCGCGAGGAGUUGGUCUCCAACCUGGGCACAAUCGCGCGCAGUGGCUCGAAGGCGUUUGUGGAGAAGGCGGCGGGAGGGGAGGCAGCCUCCAACGUGAUUGGUCAGUUCGGAGUCGGCUUCUACAGUGUGUUCAUGGUGGCUGAUGACGUCACGGUCUACACGCGCACGCAUGCGCCUGAUGCUAAGGGAUGGUGUUGGACUUCUACUGGACUAGGCACGUACGAAAUAGCGGAAGCGUCGGACGUAAGUCCCGGAACGAAGAUCGUGAUGCGUCUGAAGCCGGAGAGCCGUGAAUUCGCUGAUGACGGCGUUGUGAAGGACAUCAUCAAGAAGUACAGCAACUUUGUCGGCAGCCCCAUCUUCCUCAACGAAGCCCAGAUUAACACCAUCCAGCCCCUCUGGGUCAUGGACCCCAAGGCCAUCACUGAUGACAUGCAUACUGAGUUCUACAGGUUUGUGGGCAACGCCUACGAUAAGCCCCGGUUCACACUGCACUACAAAACGGACAGUCCGCUGAUGAUACAGGCACUGCUCUACUUCCCUGAGACCAAGCCAGACAUGUUUGAUCUUAGUUCGGACAAGAGCAGUCAGGUGGCGCUCUACAGCCGACGAGUCCUCAUACAGAGCAAGGCUGACAGUCUUCUGCCUAAGUGGCUGCGAUUUGUCAAGGGUGUUGUGGACUCUGAGGACAUUCCACUGAAUUUAAGCCGUGAACUGCUUCAGAAUGCGGCCCUAAUCAGGAAAUUAAGAAUUGUGCUGACCAACAAAAUUCUACGUUUCCUGAACGAUAAAUCGACCCAACAGCCUCAAGAGUAUGCAGACUUCUACAAAGAUUACAACAUUUUUCUGAAGGAGGGGGUGAUCACCAGUCAGGAUCAGAAUGAGAAGAAGGAGGUUGCUAAACUUCUCAGAUACGAGUCUUCUUUGAAACCUGCCGGUGAAACGGUGAGUUUGGAGGACUACUGCAGCCGCCUGCAGCCGGGUCAGACAGAGAUCUACUACCUGUCUGCGGUGAGCCGCGACCUGGCUUUGAGUUCGCCCUACUACGAGGCGAUGACUGGGAAGAAGGUGGAGGUGCUGCUCUGCUAUGAACAACAUGACGAGGUGGUGUUGAUGCAGUUGAGGCAGUUCGGCAAGUACAACCUUACCUCCGUCGAGAAGGAGAUGCGGCAGGAUAAGGAGGCCGACGCUGCUCAAACGGAGGACAUGGGUCCAGACAGCUUACUGCCUGAUGUGUUGGACAAAGUGAUGGCAGACAUACAGACAACGCUGAAGGGGCGAGUCCAGUCAGUCAGAGUCAACAAGCGCCUUCAGACGCAUCCUUGUGCUGUAACGGUGGAAGAAAUGGCCGCCGCCCGCCAUUUCCUCAAGAUGCACGGCGAACGCAUGGAUGACGAGAUGCGUUUCUCAGUGCUGCAGCCUCGGCUUGAGAUUAAUCCGCGCCACCCGCUCAUCAGGCGGCUGGCUGCCAUCUAUCGGCAAAAACCCGAACUAGCAGCGCUUGUCACCGAACAGCUGUUCACCAACGCCAUGCUGCAGGCAGGCCUCAUUCUGGAUGCAAGGACGGCGCUCACCUCAAUGAACAAGCUGCUUGAAAUGGCGCUGGAUGGACAGUGAAAAGCCAAUCGUUUCUCCUCUUCGUGUCUCCGAAUCAUCAGACUCACUUCGCUCGCAUCCGUUGCAUCUGCCAAAUCAACUGUUUUCUGUGGUUUCUUUGUUGUAUUUAUUCGUCUCUUUCGUUUCUGUAUCUGAAAAUUGUGUAUGAAAGAAGUGAGAGAAGAAAAACAAUGUUACUGAAGAAGUAUCCAAGUAGAUCAAUGAUUAAUAAUAAUACAGUAUAGUAAUAUAUUGUUGAGAAAUUAUUAGAUGAAUAUGUAAAAAACAGUUUUUGUUUUACAAUACAUUAUUGUGAAUCGUUGAAAUUUUGUAUAUAAAAUGUAGUAAAUAAAAUAUUAGUUUCUGA